CCACAUUCUGAGAACAAUCUGGCACGGUCGCCUUAUGACUUGACACCGCGGAUAAACACACCAUAGGUAGUACAGUAGGUCUCAGAUUUCUCUUGCUUCCCGCCGACCCUUCCGUCUACGCUUCUCUUCUUGUCGCUCUUUCCCUGCAUCCUCUCUUCCUCAGACGCGUCCGUCGCCAUCACCAUCACCAAAAAUCCGUGUAUUUAUCAAAAUGACACCGACAUUCGUUCUCGCAUCCCUCAUUGGAUUCGCCGCAGCGCAAUCCACGACGCUCUCUAUUCCAUUCUAUGGCUUCGACACCCAAGCCAUCGAGGCAUCGGUCGUCUCCGCGAACCCAUCUGCCACCACCAUGCAACUCGCCUGCCCUUCCGGCACAGAUUCGAACGACUGCGGUCUGUUCCCCUACAUGACGCUUGUAUACGGCCCUUCGACAUAUCAUUUGGACAUGGGCGUUGGCGAUGCGAAUGCCUUCACAGGCACUGUAGACUGCUCCCGUGGGGCAACAGUCACUUGCGCAGAGUUCGCAACUGGAAGCGAGGCGAACUUCCCUGGUAGCAGUACGACGACGUAUGAGGGCGAGAAUAUUGCUGCUCUGCCGGUCACUGUGACAAGUGGAGCGGAGAAGCUGGGAGGUACGCAGGCUACUGCGACCGGAAGCGCGGGUGCAAUCGGCAGCGCGAGUCGCAGUGGUAGUGGAAGUGCAGCAGGCACAACCACUGCGAGCGUUACUCAGAUUGUUGGCACCAACAGCGCGUCUGCGAGUGGUGUCGUUCACACUGCGACUGCCUCAGCAACACCUUCGACCGGUGCGGCUUCAGUCAAAUCCAUUGUCUUUCAAGGUGGUCUUCUCGGUGUGGUCGCAAGUUUCUACGGUGGACUGCUCUUGUAGAAUCUAGGCAUAACAAGAAGCAAGGCUCGAAUAAUGUAAUUUAAUACUAAUAAAGAAGAUGCGG